AGGCGGAUUACUCAACUUCCAAUCAAACCGGUGCAUCCCUUGUCCCAAGCGCUCUGCUCCGAUGAAGUGAGUGCCUCGCUUUGCUCGAAAGUCAAAAACUUUACACUGAAUUCGGAUGAAUCAGACGACGAUGAAAGCAAUUUCGCUCCCCAAGUUGACGAAUCUUCACCCAAACAUCCGAAUUGAUCAAUCGAAGAGACCCGUCAACAAUGUGAACCCAAACCCAUUUCGAAUAUUUCGUCAAAUUCCCCGGAAAGCCCUCCCAAUCCUCUCGUUCUCCGCCGAUCCCCACUCGUCGCGUGAUGCCCACGCGCCGCCGCUUGUCGUGGUGGGGUCGGCGAACGCCGACAUAUACGUGGAGAUCGACAGGCUUCCCAGAGAGGGGGAGACGAUCUCGGCGAGGACAGGACAGACACUCGCCGGAGGCAAAGGCGCAAACCAGGCUGCGUGCGGCGCGAAAUUGCGGUACCCGACUUACUUUGUCGGGCGUCUCGGCGACGACGCGAACGGGAAGCUGAUCGCGGAGGCUUUGGGCGGAGGGUGUGGGGUCCACCUGGACUAUGUUCGGUCGGGGACGGAGGCGCCGACGGGGCACGCGGUGGUGAUGCUGCAAUCGGACGGUCAGAACUCGAUCAUCAUCGUCGGUGGGGCCAACAUGAGUUCGUGGUCUGAGAAUCUUUGUGAUGAUGAUCUUGAGGUCGUGAGGAAUGCUGGGGUUGUUCUGCUACAGAGGGAGAUUCCAGAUUUUGUGAAUAUCCAGGUUGCAAAGGCUGCGAAGAAAGCAGGUGUACCAGUCAUCCUUGAUGUGGGAGGAAUGGAUGCGCCUAUCCCUCAAGAGCUAUUGGAUUCCAUUGAUAUCCUGAGCCCUAAUGAAACCGAGCUGGCUCGCCUGACCGGAAUGCCAACUGAAUCAUUUGAACAGAUUAGCCAAGCCGUGGCUAAGUGCCAUAAGUUGGGAGUUAAGCAAGUGCUAGUGAAGCUUGGCUCCAAAGGAUCUGCCCUAUUCAUAGAAGGGCAAAAACCGAUCCAACAAGGUAUAAUACCGGCACCACAGGUUAUCGAUACAACAGGAGCCGGCGAUACUUUCACUGCAGCCUUUGCGGUGGCCAUGGUGGAGGGAAAGUCACAUGAAGAAUGCUUAAGAUUUGCCGCCGCAGCCGCCUCUCUGUGUAUUCAAGUAAAGGGAGCGAUACCCAGCAUGCCUGAUCGAACAUCGGUUAUGAACCUUGUUGAAUCUAAGUAGCUAUCGGUGAAAGUCUUACUCUUCUUCGCACGAAUAAAGCCGGUUCCUUUCAUGGAUUGCAUUGCUUUUACGUUUGUGUUGAAAUCUAUAAAUCAACACAGUUGGGCUUUGUCUCUGAUGUAUACAUCUCCUUUCGUGUUUUUCUUUCGUCGACCUUUCCUGAUCAUCGUCAAGUCUUUUGUCCUCCGUCUUCUCUGUCUGAAUCUUGGUUCGGUCCUGUCUAUGGUAUGUGUGUGUAUUGUUACACUUGAGGCUUGUAAGGUUAUGCGACAUGGUUGCUUCUGUCUUUCUCUCUGUGUUUUCUUGUCGAACUCGAUGUUGGCCCGUUCAA